AUGCCUCGUCUCGCCAACAAAGUCGCCAUCGUCACCGGCGGCGGCUCCGGCUUCGGCGCCGCAAUCGCAACCCGGUUCGCGCAAGAAGGCGGCAAAGUAAUCAUCGCCGACAUCAACGAAGCCGGCGGCCAGAGCGUCGCAGCCCAGGACCCGUCCAGCAUUAUAUUCCAAAAGGUCGACGUCACGAGCCCCGCGGACUGGAAGGCUGUGAUUGACACUGCGGUGGCCAAGUUUGGCAGACUGGAUGUGCUGGUGAAUAAUGCGGGGACGAGUUAUCGGAAUAAGCCAACUCUCGAAGUCACCGAAGCAGAAUGGGAGCGCGUCUUCAACGUCAACGUCAAGAGUAUUUUCCACGGGUCGCAAGCCGUGAUUGCCAAGUUCAUCGAGCAGGGGAAUGGCGGGAGCGUGAUCAAUAUCUCCUCGACGGGCGCGAAUAGACCCCGGCCUGGACUGGUGUGGUAUAAUGCUAGUAAGGGGGCUGUUUCGAAUGCAACAAAAGGCCUCGCGGCGGAAUACGGCCCGCACAAUAUCCGCGUAAACACCGUUGCGCCACUCCUAUCGGGUACAGGGCUUUUCAGCAUGUUCACGGGGAUGGAGGAUACAGAGGAGAACCGGCAGAAGUUUAUCGGGAAUGUGCCGCUGGGCCGACUGACGGAUCCUAUGGACAUUGCCAAUAUGUGCCUUUACCUGGCGAGUGAUGAGGGGGCGUUCAUUAAUGGGACGGAGAUGGUUGUCGAUGGGGGAAAGUGUAUUUAG